AUGGACGAGAUUUCAGAACACACACCUUCCUUGUGGGCUAAUGAUGAAAUCUUACAGAAUUGGUUUUUGAUGGGCUCUCCAGUGCCACUUGGACUCUUACUAGCAUCCUAUUGGUAUUUUGUAUUGCAAGUAGGACCUUCGUAUAUGUCAAAGAGACCACCGUACAACCUCACUAGUGUUUUAGCGGUUUACAAUGUAGUACAAGUUUUGUUUUCACUACGGCUGUUUUCAACGGGGGCUUAUAUUCUAGGGACUUAUGGUUUUUUUCCAACUGAAUGUUCAGGUGACAAAUAUUCCGAAGCACACCUAUUGAGUCUAACAGGCAUAUACUACUUCCUAUUAGUGAAGAUCAUAGAUCUUUUGGACACAGUGUUUUUCAUUCUACGCAAGAAGAACAACCAGGCCAGCUUCUUGCACAUAUACCAUCAUUCCUCCAUGAUAAUACUGACGUGGUUAAGCUUGAAGCAUGAAGGAAAUGUGGUGUCUAUAGUAUUUAUAGGUACUUUGAACUCUCUCGUUCAUGUCGUUAUGUACACUUACUACACGUUGUCCGCGUACCCACAAUUUACUAAAUAUUUGUGGUGGAAGAAAUAUUUAACAAAGUUUCAAUUGGCCCAAUUCGUAAUACUCAUCGCUCAGUUGGUGUUAGAGUACAAGUUCGCGACAUGCAAACCCUCCUACAUUCUAGUGACAACUAUAACCCUGAAUUUAGUACUUUUAAUAUAUUUGUUCAGUAUUUUUUACAUAAAGACAUACACAACUAAAGUUAAAACAAACAAGACAGAGAAGAAAUCAGAUGACGAAGUUUUACUGGAAAGAUUAUUACCAGAUGAUUGA